GAACUCACCCCUGAUUGGUGAGCGGUACUCGGCAAAUGGCGGAGGCGCUGAGGCGGGUGCUGAGUGCAGGCCGCGCGGCAGGGCCCGCAGGGGAUGGGGCUGCCGGGCCGCCGUUGCUGCUGCUAGGCACUCCGCGCUCCGCGCAGACGUCGCUGCUGUUUGCGGCCGCCCUUGAGGCGGCAGGGGAAGGCCGCGGCCCUGUCCUCUUCCUGACACGAAGGCCGCUUCAGAGCUUGCCGCUCAAUACACCCGCGGCGCGGAACCCCUGGAGGCUCCAGAAGGUUCGAUUCCAGUACCCAUCCUCAGUUCCAGAGCUUCUCCAGCUGCUGGCCUCUGCCCAUGAGGCCCCAGGUCCUGCUCUGUCCCUUCUACUGCUGGACGGCCUGGAAGAAUAUCUAGCAGAGGAUUCAGGGAUUCAAGAAGCCGCCUACUUAGCUGCAUUGCUUCUGGAUACUGCUGCCUACUUUAGCCACCGCCUUGGAGCCAGUGGAAGAUGCGGGCUUGUGGUGGCCCUAGAGACCCAAAAAGAAGCAGACAGUGAUGCCCCACAUCUGACAUUGCUUCAACGGUAUUUUCCUGCACAGUGCUGGCUGCAGCCAGAUACCCUAGGCUCGGGACAGCAGCACUGCCUUCGAGCCAGCCUGGAGUCCAGCAAGCUGAGCCCCAGGACAGAGUGGUCCGUGACUUUCUUACCCAAUGGAGAGAUGAAGAUCAUCCCAUGGCCUACCCAGGCUUCCGAGCCCAGCCCAGAUAAAAAUUGCUCAAGUACAGAAAGCCAGUCAUUAACUCUGUAAUGUGACAACCUUUCUGGUCCUCAGUUUCCCUUGACUAGAAUACUUCUUUCACGGACAGGUGCAGAUUCAAAGUCCUGGAAAAUGUAGGUUUUCUCUUUAUAAGCUAGCAUUGUUGGGGCCGGUAAGAUGGCUCAGUAGGUAAGGGGUCUUGCCAACAAGCUUGAUUACCUGGCUUUGAUUACCGGCACCCAUAUGCAUAGUAGAAAGUGAGACUGACUCCUGCAAAGUGUCUUCUCACCUCCCAUUUGGAUAGAGGCACAGACUUGCCCUCCACAUUAAUAAUAAUAAUAAUAAAUA